AUGCAAGCACUGGGAGGAUAUGGCUCUGGUUCCGAAGAGGACGAAGAGCCAGCAGUUGUUAAAAAGCCUCGAGUUGAACUAGCGCCAGAUGUCAAUGCACAGGACUUAUCAUCAUAUAGACCUCUAACAAGUCCAAAAACCAAAGAAUUGACUCAUAAUAUGCUAUAUCAAGAUCUAGCCAAACCUGUUGCUGGUCCAGCAAAUCCGUGGCGAGCAGCACAUCAAGAGCAGAAAAACACAUUAACAGGAUACGUAGAACGCUUCCAUGUCAACGAUGUUACAUUCAAUACCCUACAACGUACGUAUCAUAACUUUGGAUACACCGUUGAUCCCAACUCGAACGGAGAUGUGAUGGUUGGAAAUGCAGAAGUAGCCUAUAAGAUGAAUGGCGCUACUAUAAACGAUUCCAUCAAACGGGAAGCUCCAGCUCCUAAACGUAAAGCUCGGGGUGAUGUAGUAUCUGAUCCAUUGAACUUUACGGGUCCAUGGGCUGGAUAUGAAGAAGAACGUGUUGGACCUGGCACUAUUGCCGCACCAUCAGAAGCUGAACGAUACGCCGCAGAAUACGCAUCCACGGGCACGAUUGGUGGAAUAGCUACGCCAGCCAAUACCAAUGAGCCCGUCGUGGUUACCGUAGGAAGUACCAAUCCUGAAAAGGCAGAAAUACAGCCUGGUAGUGAAAGAACCGUCUUCCAUGGUGAAUCUGAGAAGGAUUAUUUGGGCAGAACGUAUAUGCAUGUACCAACAGAUUUGGAUGUUAAUUUAUUGGGAGAGUCUGGUAGUCAGGAAUGUUUUUUGCCCAAGAAGCUGAUUCAUACCUGGACGGGACACACUAAAGGUGUUAAUGCUAUUCGAUUCUUUCCCAAAUCGGGUCAUUUGCUGUUGUCGUGUUCUAUGGAUGGUAAAGCAAAGCUAUGGGAUGUGUAUCAUGAUCGUCGUGUAUUGAGAACGUAUAUAGGUCAUAGUAAAGGUAUUCGAGAUGUGAGCUUCAACAAUGAUGGAACCCGCUUUUUGACGGCAAGUUAUGACCGAUUUAUGAAACUUUGGGAUACUGAGACUGGUCAAUGCAUAUCAUCAUUCACAACACGCAAAACACCAUAUUGUAUCAAAUUCAACCCAGACGAUGAUAAGCAACACAUAUUCCUGGCCGGCAUGCAAGACAAAAAGAUUGUGCAAUUCGACAUCAACUCUGGAGAGAUUACGCAAGAAUAUGAUCAGCAUUUAGGUGCCGUCAACACCAUCACAUUUGUGGAUGAUAAUAGGCGAUUUGUCACUACAUCUGACGACAAGACGCUGCGAGUAUGGGAAUAUGAUAUACCGGUAGUGAUCAAGUAUAUUGCAGAGCCCGAUAUGCACUCUAUGCCAGCUGCUGCUCUAUCGCCGAACAAAAAAUGGCUUGUAUGUACAUCACUAGAUAACCAGAUCGUAGUGUACUCUGCCCGAGACCGUUUCCGCGAGAAUCGUAAAAAGGGAUUCCGUGGUCACCUUAUAGCUGGAUACGCUUGUCAACCUUCCUUCUCACCAGACGGUCGCUUUAUAUCAUCAGGAGAUUCAGCAGGCUUUGUCUGGUUUUGGGACUGGAAGUCGUGUAAAGUGUUGAAGAAGAUGAAGUGUCAUGAUCGAGUCGUGUUGAAUGCUGAAUGGCAUCCUCACGAAACAUCAAAGAUGGCAACUUGCUCCUGGGAUGGCACCAUUAAUGAAACAGAAACUACAAUACAGCGAGCGAGCCUUCCUGGCAAUUCGACUGAAUCAACAGAUACUCGGAUGCUCGUCCAAGAUCGAGAUCAAGGUUACCAUGCCAACCCAAACUACACCAUGUCAUACGAAUGGUAUGAUCUCAUGAGGGUCGAUAUUCGUCACAAGGCCUUCAACUCGUUCGAGAUUGCCAGGAGGCAGUCCAUACUGGCGAAUCUCAAAAUUUAUGUCUAUGACAUGGAUCCUGCCACAUCUGGCAAGCAGCUAUACGAAGCUGACAACAGUAGAAUUAUGAGAAACUGCCGGCUGUCGUAUUGGGCGUAUGAGGUCUUCUUCCAUGAAUACUUGCUACAGUCUCCCUAUAUAACAAAGAACGCAUCCGAAGCAUCGUUAUUUUAUAUACCGAUUUACUCAUCAUGCUACUUUUUUGAUAUUGGAUGGAAAUCCAUCGCUAAUGCCACAGCGCUGGUUCGGGAUGGUAUAAAAAGUUUAGCUGCCAAGGAACCACGAGUACAGGCCGCUUUAGAUGGAAAACGCAAAGACCACAUCAUCGUAUAUUCUCACGGCCGAGGAAGCGUGUACGCUCCACCGGAGAUGAGCUCCCAAUUUAUACAUAUAAGUCCCUUCCGAGCCGGGCCUAGAGACAUCAUUACUCCACUGUUUGCUAUCCCAGAAGGACUCCCCAAUAGAAACGCUUGGCAUUAUGGCUUUAGGGAGUACUUUGCUACAUUUGCUGGGUCUUGUGCGCCAAGUAACUCAGCUCCAAUUAGAAUAAAAUUGUGUGAUCUUUUAGAUGACCUGCUUAAGUCGGAUCCAGCCUUCUUCAGCUACCCAAGGAUCACGCUGCUUGCCCUAAUCGCAGGACACAAAUGGAGGCCAAAGAUAGAGCACUUUGAUGAAAUGAGAAGAACGACCUUCUGUUUGGCACCAGCUGGCUGGUCGCCAUCGUCUGUAAGAUUCUUUGAAAGUGUCUAUGGUGGAUGUAUUCCAGUGCUGAUUGGGAGUGAUGACAUUGACUUCCCCUUUGCCGAUACGAUACAUCUACAGAAUGCCAUCGUUUGGAUUCCCGAAGAGGACAUUUCUCGCAUGUUUGAUAUAUUAUUAGCUAUAGAUGAACAGGAAGUCAUUAAAAGGCAGCUCAUACUGAGGGAGAUCGGACCUUAUAACUUUUAUUAUAUGUGGCAAGCCAUUCAAUUGAAGAAGCUUCAGAUUCAGGAGGCUCGCGACAAGGUCAUCGAGUUCCCCAAGUGGCUUGAAGAGUCGUAUGAACGGGAUGCGUUUGAUAAUCUACUACUAGAUCUGGCUCAUCGCAGUACUCUCGUCUCUCUCACAUAA